AUGUCCUUCAGUUUCACCGACCACUCUCAUCGCAGAUACAAUCCGCUUUCUGACACCUAUGUCCUCUGCUCGCCCCACAGAGCGAAAAGACCCUGGCAAGGUGCCCAAGAAGAGGUGAAGAAGAACACCCAGCCUGAAUACGAUCCCAAGUGCUACUUGUGCCCAGGUAACACCCGUGCCGCCAACGGGACUAACCCAGCUUACACCUCCACCUAUGUGUUCCCCAACGACUUCCCCGCAGUGCAGUUGGAUCUGCCAGACUACAAUGCGCAAGAGGAGGAGAAUGAAGACGCAGCCCAAAAAGAGAUUGUUCCAGGUGCUGAGCGUGAAAGGCAACUGCUUUGUGAUCUGCUUCAGUCCCAACCAUGCUCUUACAAUCCCGCUUAUGGAGGAGAAGGCCAUCAAGCAGGUUGUGGACACCUGGCAAAACUUGUACUUGGACACGCAGAAACAGCUGUUGCUGGGCCAGGCGCCAUACAAGUACAUCCAGAUUUUCGAGAACAAGGGGCUGGCCAUGGGCUGUUCCAACCCACAUCCGCACGGCCAGGCAUGGUGCUUGGAUGUGGUUCCCACCGAAGUCAGCCACGAACUCAAGAACAUGAGCAAGUAUCUCUCGUCGAACAAGUCGCACUUGCUUGGCGACUAUGUGCGCUUGGAGUUGGAAGAAAAGACCCGUAUAGUGUGCGAGAACGACUCUUUUGUUGUGGUUGUUCCGUUCUGGGCUUUGUGGCCCUUCGAGACUCUUUUGCUUGCCAAAACCCAUUUGCGCUCGCUUGCAGACUUCCUGGACAAGAACAAGGAGGAUCUUGCGUCCAUCAUCAAGACACUUACUACGAAAUACGACAAUCUUUUCAAAACGUCCUUCCCCUACUCCAUGGGCUUGCAUCAGGCACCUUUGGUGGCCUCGGAGGAGGAGAAAAACAGCUCGUGGUUCCACAUGCACUUUUAUCCUCCACUUUUGCGGUCUGCGACAGUGAAGAAGUUUUGCGUGGGAUUCGAGAUGUUGGGCGAGGCCCAAAGAGAUCUCACAAGCGAGCAAGCUGCCGCUCGUCUCCAGGAUUUGGACGGUACCACCCACUAUACUGCUACGCUUGA